UACAAAAUGAACAUCCGUGUGGCACGUGCCAGUGAUUUGCUGAAUACGCAACACUGUAAUUUGCUGUGUUUACCAGAAAACUACCAGAUGAAGUAUUAUUUCUAUCAUGCCCUCUCAUGGCCUCAACUUUCGUAUGUGGCUGAAGACGAUAAGGGUAAUAUUGUUGGGUAUGUACUGGCAAAGAUGGAAGAAGAAGCCGACGAUGAGCCACACGGUCAUAUAACAUCGUUGGCCGUCAAACGGUCUUAUCGACGAUUGGGAUUAGCUCAAAAACUUAUGGAUCAGACUGCGAGGGCUAUGAUCGAAACGUUCAACGCCAAAUAUGUCUCGUUACAUGUUCGGGUUUCUAAUAGAGCUGCACUGAAUCUCUAUCAGGUUUUGUUCUUUUCACUCUUCCUGUUCUUUUUCAUAGCAGUUGUUCAUUUAAGGCUGAAC